AUGAGUGUUGGAGAAUUGCUGGAUGACUCGCUGGACGUGUGCGACUCCUCUCCUGCCGAUUCGUUCACUCAGAUUCAAUUUCUAUUUCGGGCUUAUCUAAUGCCUAUCACCUACCUAUUCGGCAUUUUCGCCAACUCCAUCAACGUCGUCGUCUUCUCGAGGAAGACAAUGUGCAAUCAACCGGUCAAUUGGUUCUUUCUGGUGCUAUCACUUAGUGACCUCGCUGUACUAAUUGCCUCGUUCUUCGUGUUUUCAGUUCCUGUGUAUGCGGAAGUGAUUGAUGACGUCGACUUGGCACGUGCGUCAGCUGUAUUAAUCGUGUGGUUUUAUCCUCUCGCACAGACUGGUCUUACCAUGUCCGUCUACCUCACCAUUUUGGUCUCAGUGCAUCGAUUCAUGGGCGUGUGUCAUCCUUUUCUGAUACAACGAAUAUCAAAUUCGUCAGCGGUGAAAGGGGUUAUCGUUUCCGCUGUCGUCUUCGCUUUUUUCUUCAACACGAGUCGAUGGUUCGAACUCCAGGCGAUGCCUUGUUACUCGAAGAAACAUGACAGGUAG